AUGUCGUCGACCCCUUACCUCGACGCACUCCGCAGGGAUGGGUUUGUGAAGCUCCCUAAUCUCAUCACACCCCAGCUUCUGCUGGCGCUCAAAGCCUGUUCCAAGUACACUGCCGACCGGGCGCGGCAAGGCAAGUGGCCCUACGUGCGGACAGUUCCCAAGCAGUAUCCGCCAUGGCACGAGUGGCAGCCGGGAGACAAUAUCUGGGGCGUCCAGCAUCUUCUCCACCCCGACAUGAAUGUGCGAGACACUUUUGCCGAAUUGUACUUUUCCGACGAGGUGCUGUCUGUGGUGAAGGAAUUGCUGGGUUUGAAAGAUGACCCGGACGCGGAUGAGAAGCUAGUCAUGGAACUGUUCAAUCUGUUGGUGAGCCCAGGGGAACAGCGGGACUUCGAACUUUCCUGGCAUCGAGACGACGUUCGUCCAGAUGUAACGCCCGAGGAGGAAGAGAGGCUGCUCGAGGAGAAAAGUCCCAAAGGCCAUCAGCUGCAUGCCCAAUACAAUAUUGCUCUUUUUGACGAUUCCUCGCUCAUCGUCGUGCCGGGUAGCCAUCGACGCAUCAGGACAGAGACAGAACGGACGGCCGACCCAUACGAGCCACAUCUGCCCGGACAAGUCGUGGUGGAGCUUCGACCGGGAGAUGCUGUCUUUUACGAUAGUAACAUCCUGCACCGUGGCAGCUACAAGGGCAUUGAUGCAACGAGCGAGUUUGGCCGUAUGACCCUGCACGGAUCCGUUGGGCUGGCGGGCUAUGGGAACGAGCGCGCACGACAGGUUCUGCAACAUGCGGUUGGCGAAUGGGUGGACCAGGCACAAUUUGAGCUCGAGGGUCGCAAAGGGGAGCGAGCAGAGGCCAUGAGGAAGAGGCUGGUCGAGAUGGGCAGCGGCAAGGACUUGGGAUAUUCGCUGGUCGGCUGA